AUGCCCGCUGUGAAGCCACCACCUGGGUUUGCCGCUCCUGCUACAGCCCCGGACUUCCGUUGUAUCCAAAGCUUUCCUCUACUAGACCUGCCUCUUGUGCAGAGGAUGCUGCCUGUUCCUGCCCAGUCUCCUGUUCCUGAGUAUGCUGCUGCUCCAGCCCUGGCACCAGUUCCUGCCGCAGUCGUUCCUGCCCAUGGUGUUGCUGCUCCCACCCCAGGUCCUUCCGGACAGGUGCAGUCAGGCCCUGUUACUUCGGCAACUGCCCCGGCUCAGUCCUGGAUGGAAGACCUGACGGUGGUGCUGACGAAGAAGAGGAGGAGGAGGGUGUCGUCGUCGUCUUCGUCAUCAUCGUCUGCCGCCACUACCCCUUCAACUUCUAAGGCCCCACAGCCGAAGAAGGAGGUUGCCUCCUCCCCCACUAAGAAGGCUCUUGCUGGGACUCCUAAGGGUCUGUCCCACUCCGGUGGGACUGUUGGGACUUCAGUCGGUCCUCCUGUUCCUUCGGGAACAGGGUCCGUCUCUCCUAUCACAAGGAAGAAGACUGGGACCGGAGGAGUGCCGGCUAACACCGGUACCUCCUCACCUGGUGCCAGAGGUUUUGCCUUGAUGCUAGGUACUGUCUCAGCCUCUCUACGCGAGAUCACGUACAGCCAAGACCCAGGCAUCAGAGUCCUCUUUGGCCACCAGGAUCCAGGCACGGAGCGGAAGACUGCGGGGGUCGCUUAA